AUGCCGAAGUUUCCUGCUCCUGGAUCGUCGAUCGUCCGCGGAUCCACGCAGCCUCUGUCCAACGGGAUCCGGAUCCUCGACGCUCCUUCGGGGUCGCUUUGGACGUUUACGAGUGCUCCAUACGCUCGGACUGCCCUGAUCGUCGGAUUCGAGCUUACAGAUUUGUCUCUAAUCGUCCCGCUGCGAGCGAUCAGUUCCAGAGUCCUCUCGCAAACCAGGCAUCGUGUCAGUGUGGAAAUGCAUAAUUACAUAGAAUUUUACGGUAUAAGUUGUGUUAAAAUCAAUGUUAAUCGCUGUAGCGAAAUGGGGUAUUACAAUAAAUACAUUAUUUUAUGUAAAGUGUCUUUCUGUUCGUACUCCACUUCUACAAGUUCGUUAUCUUUCGUUCAUCGUCGUUCGUUAUUUUGGUUCGACGUGUAUCGGGAACAAUAACUAUAAUUAUUUCGAAUGUACAAUGACUUAUAUAAUUAUAGUUACACGAACUACUUUUCACCCACUCGUAAACACUGCUCGUAUAUUUUUUCUGCUAUUCUCGUAGAUGUAGUCGUAU